UCUCCCAGGUUCAGUGCAUGGUCAGUCAAAGUGGCAUGUCAAGUUAAAUACACAUUGUACGAAUUCAAGACAGUGGAAAAAGAAGGGGGUGGCUUCGUCAUUGGCUCUUUAUAAAUGAUGAGCCGCUGUGGUCUACCCAUGUCACCUGCUUGUGAAGCUAAUCACCAUCGAUCACUCGUGAAGCUAACACUAGAUAGCUAUGGAUGCAACGAGCGGCGUUCGCAUGGCUACUGGUAACGGAGAAAACAGCUACGCCGUCAACUCCAGGCUCCAAGAGAAGGCCAUUUUGGAAACAUGGCCAGUGCUCAGGAAGGCCGUAGAAGAGGUGUACACCUCGCUCUCCACCCGCUGGAGCACCAUAGUCGUCGCCGACCUCGGCUGCUCAUCUGGUCCCAACACCCUGCGCUUCGUCACCGAGGUGAUCGGCGCCAUCCGUGCCUAUACCCAGAAGUCGGAAGAACAUGCUCGUGGCGUGGAGGUCCAGUUCUUCCUCAAUGACCUGCCCGGGAACGACUUCAACCUCGUCUUCCGCUCACUGGAGCACUUUGAGGGCAUCGCCGGCCGGAAAGAGGCGCCGCCGCACUACGUCGCAGGGCUUCCCGGAUCCUACUACGGCAAGCUUUUCCCUCGCCAGAGCGUCCAUCUCUUCCACUCAUCAUACUCCCUCAUGUGGCGUUCCAAGGUCCCUCCAGAGCUCUCAACCUGUACUCACCUGAACGAAGGCAAUAUAUACAUUGGAAAUACUACUCCUCCAACUGUGAUUAAGCUCUUCCAAGAACAAUUUCGGAAGGACUUUGAGUUGUUCCUUAUAUUGCGUUCACGAGAGCUUGUCAGUGGAGGUAGAAUGUUGCUAACAUUUCUUGGCCGAAAGAGUGAAGAGAUGUUGAUGCAUGGGGAAGUUAGCAGCAUGCUUGAAUUGGUUGCCAAAUCUCUACAGCAUCUGGUACAAAAGGGUCGUGUGGAGAAGAAGAAGCUGGACUCAUUCAACCUGCCAUACUACGCCCCAUCAAUGAAAGAGGUGAACACAUUAAUCAAGAAGAAUGGUCUAUUCAAUGUUGAACAAAUUAAACUCUUUGAAUCAAAUUGGGACCCACAAGAUGACUUGGAUGGUGAUGUGGUACUUGAUUCGGCCAGUAGUGGGAAAAAUGUUGCCCAGUGCAUAAGGGCAGUAUUGGAGCCGCUCAUUGUAGACCACUUCGGUCAAGACAUUAUUGACGAGUUAUUCAUGGUAUUUGCUGCCACCAUUGCAAAGCAUCUCGAGAAAGCCAAGGCAAAGUACCCCAUCAUCAUGGUGUCCUUGAAGAAGGCCAUGCCUUUGAACUACUAGUAUGUACGUACUCUAGAAGAGCAUCCAGACGUGAAUAAAGAGAGAAACAAUGA